AAAUAACAAAAUAAAAUACCAAGAAUAAUUUUAGCCAAUGAGGUGAAUUUAGUCAAGAGUUGCACACUGAAAAUUAUGUUAUAUUGCUUAAAGAAACUAAAAUAGAUCUAAAUAAAUGGAAAGAUAUCCCAUCGUAAUGAAUUGAUAGACUUAAUGUUGUUAAAAUGGCAAUGGUCAAUCUUCAUGACCUUGGAUUUGCAACUCUUUCUGAGAUUUGACACCAAAAGCACAAGUAACAAAAGCAAUAUAUGAAUUGGACUUUGGUAAAAUAUAAAGUUUAUGCAUGAAAGGUCAAUAUCAAGAGACUGAAAAGAGUCUGGGUGAGGAGGCCCACAUCUGGAAUCCCAGCACUUUGGAAGGCCGAGGCGGGAGGAUUGCUUGAGUGCAGGAGUUUGAGACCAGCUGGGGCAACAUAGUAAGACCCUCUCUCUACAAAUAAUCCAGAAUUAGCUGGGCAUGGUGGUGUGUGCCUGUAGUCCCAGCUACUCAGGAGGCAGAGGCAAGAGAAUUGCUUGAACCCAAAAAGUGGAGGCUGCAAUGAGCCGUGAUCACACCACAUGACUCAGCUUGGGCGACUGUGAGACCCUGUCUCAAAAAAAAAAAAAAAAAGACUGAAAAGAUAACCCACAAAAUGGGAAGGGAAACAGUCAUUGCAAAGCAUAUUUAUCUCAAGGCUCUAGAGUCCAGAAUUAUAUAACAACAUUUACAACUUAACAACAUAAACACAACUCAGUUAAAAAUUGGGCAAAAGACUAGAGUAGACAUUUCUCUAAAGAAACCAUAGAAGGCCAGGGGAGGUGGCUCAUACUUGUAAUCCCAGCACUUUGAGAGGCCGAGGUGGGUGGAUCACCUGAGGUCAGGAGUUCCAGACCAGCCUGGCCAACAUGGUGAAACCCCAUCUCUGCUAAAAGUGCAAAAAUUAGCCGGGGGUGUUGGUGCUCCCCAGGAAUCCCAGCUACUCAGGAGGCUGAGGUGGGAGAAUUGCUUGAACCCGGGAGCUGGAGGCUACAGUGAGCUGAGAUUGUGCCACUGUAAUCCAGCCUGGACAACAGAGUGAGACCCCAUCUCAAAAAAAAAAAAAAAAGAAACCACAGAAAUGGCCAACAAGCACAUGAAAAUAUGCUUAACAUAUUAGGAAAAUGCAAAUCAAAACCACAAUGAGAUACCAUUUCAUACCUCAUCAGAUAAUUAGAAUUCUAAAAAUGAACUAAACAGGCUAGGCACAGUGUCUCACUCCUGUAAUCUCAGCACUUUGGGAGGCCGAGGCGGGCGGAUCACUAGGUCAAGAGAUCAAGACCAUCCUGGCCAACAUGGUGAAACCCUGUCUCUACUAAAAAUACAAAAAAUUAGCCGGGCGUGGUGGCGUGCGCCUGUACUCCCAGCUACUCGGGAAGCUAAGGCAGGAGAAUCGCUUGAACACGGGGGGAGGAGGUUGCUGUGAGCCGAGAUCGCGCCACUGCACUCCAGCCUGGCAACACAGCGAGGAUCCGUCUCAAAAAAAAAAGGAACGCUUAAAACGAGUAACUCCGUAACCUAAUUUAGAGGACGCGGGUUCCAUUUUUCCCCGUAGCAGUCUCCUAUGGAGAAAGUGCUUGGCUUCCCACAGACUUUAAAACCUGCCAACGUUCCAUGCUCGGAAUCUGCCCCCGUUUCGAGCUACUUGGGCCUCUGCGGGUUCUAAAACUCCGGGAUGUCCCGAGGCAACAGGGGGCCGAAAACCCGCCCUGUGCGGGGGCGGGGCCGGAGGUGAACGCGCAGCAAAACUGGGCGCCUUCCGCGACCCUCUAGCCGGAAGCCACGCCUGCCCACCAGCCCGACGCCCGCCUGGCGGGAACCUGGGCUCGCCCCUUCCCAGCGAUCUGCAGUCAAUUGGUAGCGCCUGCACGUCGCGCGCGCUGUUCGAUUGUCGCUGCCUGGGGAGGAGGAGUCGGAGCCGGAGCCGCCACCGCCGCAGCCGCCGCCGCCGCCGCCGCCGCGGGCUUCGUUCGUGAGGAAGGGGGCCUAGGCCCGGGCCUGCGGUGGUGGGGCUUGCCGCGCGCCGGGGGUCGCUCCUGCUGUGUCCUCCGCCCCAGCUUCGCCCACUUCCCCUUGCCAGCGGGCUGGGCGCGGAGAAGACCUGCCGGAGCCAUGGAGGACGAAGUGGUCCGCUUUGCCAAGAAGAUGGACAAGAUGGUGCAGAAGAAGAACGCGGCUGGAGCAUUGGAUUUGCUAAAGGAGCUUAAGAAUAUUCCUAUGACCCUGGAAUUACUGCAGUCCACAAGAAUCGGAAUGUCAGUUAAUGCUAUUCGCAAGCAGAGUACAGAUGAAGAAGUUACAUCUUUGGCAAAGUCUCUCAUCAAAUCCUGGAAAAAAUUAUUAGAUGGGCCAUCAACUGAGAAAGACCUUGACGAAAAGAAAAAAGAACCUGCAAUUACAUCGCAGAACAGCCCUGAGGCAAGAGAAGAAAGUACUUCCAGCGGCAAUGUAAGCAACAGAAAGGAUGAGACAAAUGCUCGAGAUACUUAUGUUUCAUCCUUUCCUCGGGCACCAAGCACUUCUGAUUCUGUGCGGUUGAAGUGUAGGGAGAUGCUUGCUGCAGCUCUUCGAACAGGGGAUGACUACAUUGCAAUUGGAGCUGAUGAGGAAGAAUUAGGAUCUCAAAUUGAAGAAGCUAUAUAUCAAGAAAUAAGGAAUACAGACAUGAAAUACAAAAAUAGAGUACGAAGUAGGAUAUCAAAUCUUAAAGAUGCAAAAAAUCCAAAUUUAAGGAAAAAUGUCCUCUGUGGGAAUAUUCCUCCUGACUUAUUUGCUAGAAUGACAGCAGAGGAAAUGGCUAGUGAUGAGCUGAAAGAGAUGCGGAAAAACUUGACCAAAGAAGCCAUCAGAGAGCAUCAGAUGGCCAAGACUGGUGGGACCCAGACUGACUUGUUCACAUGUGGCAAAUGUAAAAAGAAGAAUUGCACUUACACCCAGGUACAAACCCGUAGUGCUGAUGAACCCAUGACAACAUUUGUUGUCUGUAAUGAAUGUGGAAAUCGAUGGAAGUUCUGUUGAGUUGGAAGAAUUGGCAAAAUAUCUGGACCAUUAAGAAAACGGACUUUGUAAUUAGCUUUAAACUAGGCCAAGCAACUAGUUUUCCUGCAAAUCAAAUUUUUAAAGCAACUUGGGUUAGAUUUUGUUUUUGACCUAACAUCCCUUCCUUAAAUGCCUUCUGUAGUUUCAGAUCAGUAGGGAGACCAUAUAAUAAUUGUAUGGUAUCUGUUUCAAAACAUAUUUUUUCUGUUUUUAUAAGUAAGUCGAUAUCAAUUAAACUUUUGGCAAUAUUUUUUCUUUCUUAAAGGGGAAAAUAUACCUUAACUUUUUUUCUUUUACACUGUGAAACAUACACAGUAGAAAUUCUGUUAUUCUCUGUUAUUAAUACAUAAAUGAAAAUACAUUUUUUUCCAUAUUGGCAUGUAGCUACAAAUAUUAAAGGAGGAGAAAAGUUAAUAUAAUUUUAGGUUUACCAAAUAUGGUGUGUAUUCAAAUAAUACUUGACCAGCUUAUCUAAAAUGUACAUAAUUUUGAAGUAGCUUAUGAAUUUGAUUUUAAUUAUUAUGUUCACAAGCUUGGAAUAUUAGAUAUUAUUUUACAUCUUUAACUAACCGUGAUCAUCAUUUCUUGUAAUUUCUUGUACAUGUAUAUUACUUGUUCUUAAUAGAUUUUUGGAAACAAGACUUUAUUGAGAUCAGUUUGGUUUUCCUGUUAAUUUACCUGUUUGACUUUAUAAUGUGUUUUAGUUUUGCAGAAGAACACUGUUGUAGUUUAGAAGGCUUUUCAUAAAUCCUCUCAUAGGCAAAGAUGAAAACUUCCCACUAUUUUUUUCCCCUCUUAGGAAGACAUACUGGAAAGAAAAUGUUUAGCAUCUUAGUGUAGUAUAGCUAUUGUAAACAGUUCAUGACUAGAUUUUGAUUCGGAAAUCUAUACUGACCAAGGAUUAAUCUUAAGGAUUGUAUAAAUCAUUAAAGCUGUGGUCUUUCCAUGUGGAGAUUGAUAGAAAAUAUUUUUGUCCCAAGUCUUAUUUGCUGACUUUUUCUGUCAAUGAGUGAGAUUGUUGAACAAACUGAAUAUAUGGGCUAUAGCAAGUAGCUUUAUAGUACAGAUCUUACAAUUAAGUUUUACUUUUGUUAAAGUGUGUACCAUUUUUUCUGUUUGGAGUAAGACAAAAAUUGUUUUGACAUAGGUUCCCUAGGGUACACUUGCUCUAGCAUACUUUAAAGGCCACUGUUGCAAAGUCUACAUUUUAUGCUGAAUCUGCAUUCUGUCAGGCACCCGUAGAAAGACCUCAGUACAUGCUUUUGCACUCUCCUUUGCUCCCUUUUUCCAAUUUCUUAUUGCAUAUCAUUUUGUUGUAAUACAGAAAGCAGCAUUUUUAAAUGUCCAUGUUAAGAAUUGGCCCACCGGUACCAACUCACCUCUAUUUUGUCAGUUCAUGGUUGAAGAUUUUGUUUUAUUUCAAAAACAAAGUACAUUUUUGAAAUAAUGAGUUUCAGAAUAAAAUAAUCUCACUUUUAAAUUAAGUGAUCCAUUUUAAAAUUUGUAAUUCAAUAAAGUUUUUUUUGUUGUUAAACAUA